UGGUAGAACGGUGUAUCUAUUUCAUACUCACGCAUAAAGAAGACGCACGCGCGCCUGCUAUAGCGCGGGCACACCGGUUGGCGGUGACGUUUGACAACUCUCGGUUUCUCUCCAGCACAGCACAGUCAACCUCGCGUGUCCGUUCCCGGUACCCGGGAGCGAAACUGUAAAGUCGGACUGAAAUUCCCCGCAGAAUUAGCCGAGCCGACCCGGGGACAGCCAGCGGUGGGAGAGUGUCUCUGUUAAGGCAACGAAGAGGACAUGGUUUGUGAGAGUGACAGAAUCGCCCCCUUUCGGAUGCAGUUUUAAAAUAGGUUAUAUUGUAUAUGUCAUCUGGCAGUUGCAUGAUUGAGUCAUGAAGUGACUUGAUUUACACGGUAUAUUGUUCAUCGGAGUGCGACCAACAAGGUGGAGCAAGCUGUUGAGGACCGGAGCAUUUUCAGUAAGCUGGCAGGUGUAGCGCGGUAGGGGGCAGUAGAGAGCAUGGCUGAGCCAGGCCAGCCCCAGGAGAGCAGCAGUCUGCAGAGGAAGAAACCUCCAUGGCUCAGAGUGGACAUCCCCCCACAGACGUCCCUGGAUGAGCCCUCAACAUUCAUACAGCCGGUGAAGAGGCAGGGGUUCCUGCGCAGUGUGAGCAUGCCUGGCGAGAACAUACAAUCAGGCAUCGCAAACUUUGACACCAGCAACCAUCUCCAACCCCCCUUGCAGCGCCAGCCCUCCAUCACACAGACCAUCAAGAGUGAGAAGAGGGUGCAUUUCAAGCGGGUCAACACGGUCCCUCCUAAGGGCCAGAGGGGCCCCCGACGGGUGUCUGUGCUCCGCAGGCGCUCCUGUGUCCCCAAACUGGUCACCCGCCGCCGCUCGUCCAUCCCCAAACAAAUCAUCAAGGGCACGGCAGACUGGUUCGGGGUCAGUAAGGAAAACGACAGCACCCAGCGAUGGAGGAGGAAGAGCCUGCAGCACUGCAACCAGCGUUACGGCCGCCUCAAGGCCCAGGUGAUGAGGGAGAUGGAGCUGUCCAGCCAAGACAACCUGUCUCUGACCAGCACUGAGACCCCACCACCCCUCUACCUCCCCCCACACCACCAUCACCACCACCCCCACCACCCCUAUGCCAUGCAGCGGAUUGUGGACCCCCUGGCGCGGGGCCGUGCGUUCCGCAUGGUGGAGGAGGUAGAUGGUUACAGCGUACCCCAGACCCCCAUCACCCCUGGUGCCGCCUCUCUCUGCUCAUUUUCCAGCUCGCGCUCCGCCCUCAACAGGUUACCGCGGCGACGCAAGCGAGAGUCGGUUGCCGUCAUGAGCUUCAAGGCCGCCGCAGCGCUGGUUAAGGGCCGUACGGUGAGGGAGAGGGAGGGCGCAGCCCGGCGGUGUCGCAGGCGGAGCUUCAUGCCAGUGAGUUUCCUUGAGGAUGACACAGUGGACUUCCCUGACGAGCUGGACACCUCCUUCUUUGCUAGAGAUGGUCUGAGGAGAGGAGAUGAGGAGUUGUCUACCUAUGCAGACGAUGUGUUUGAUUCUCCGUCUGAGGCCGCCAUUAAAGAGGAGGAGUCUAACACAGCAGCGGAUGAGAGUGACCUCACAGGUGGCGCCUUGGACAAGAACGAACUGGAGAGGAGUCACCUGAUGCUGCCCCUGGAGCGGGGCUGGCGUAAGGGUAAAGAACCUGGACUGUCUCAGGUCCAGCCCAAGAUGCGUCUGCGCCAGGAGGUGGUGAGUGUGAGCGGGCAGCGGCGAGGCCAGCGGAUCACAGUGCCCGUCAAGAAGCUCUUCGCCAGGGAGAAGAGGCCCUACGGCCUAGGGAUGGUGGGCAGGCUCACUAACAGAACCUAUCGCAAACGCAUCGACAGCUUCGUCCAGCAACAGAUAGAGGACAUGGACGACCACAGGCCUUUCUUUACCUACUGGAUCACAUUUGUCCACCUGUUAAUCACCAUCCUGACUGUUUGUCUCUACGGCAUCGCCCCUGUGGGCUUCUCCCAGCACGAGACCGUCGACUCGGUAUUGAGAAAUAAAGGUGUUUAUGAAAACGUCAAGUUUGUGCAACAAGAAAACUUCUGGGUGGGACCAAAUUCUGAGGCGCUAAUCCACCUGGGGGCUAAGUUCUCCCCCUGCAUGCGUCAGGACCAGCAGGUUCAUGACCUGAUCCAGGAGAAGAGAGGAAGAGAGCGGGAGUCAGCCUGCUGUGUGAGGAACGACCGCUCCGGCUGUCUUCAGACCUCACAGGAGGAGUGCUCUUCUACUCUAGCAGUAUGGGUGAAGUGGCCUCAUCACCCCAGUGCUCCUCUCCUGGAGGGGAAGGUCCGUCAGCACGGCUCAGUCUGCCACCAGGACCCCAGAAUAUGCCUGGAGCCAGCCUCUGUGUCGCCUCAUGAGUGGCCUGAUGACAUCACCAAGUGGCCAGUGUGUACCAGGUACAACCCAGGCAACCACACUAACCUCCCCCACGUAGACUGUGCCAUCACUGGACGGCCAUGCUGCAUUGGGACCAAAGGGAGGUGCGAGAUCACGUCCAGAGAGUACUGUGACUUUAUGAAGGGCUACUUCCACGAGGACGCUACUCUCUGCUCCCAGGUGGCCUGUAUGGAUGAUGUGUGUGGCUUGCUUCCUUUCCUCAACCCUGAGAUCCCAGACCAGUUCUACAGACUCUGGCUCUCUCUAUUCCUCCAUGCUGGGAUCCUGCACUGCCUGGUGUCGGUGCUCUUCCAGAUGACCAUCCUGAGGGACUUAGAGAAGCUGGCCGGCUGGCUGAGGAUCUCUAUCAUCUACAUCGUCUCUGGCAUCACUGGCAACCUGGCCAGCGCCAUCUUCCUGCCCUACAGAGCAGAGGUUGGUCCAGCUGGCUCUCAGUUUGGUAUCCUGGCCUGUCUGUUUGUUGAGCUGUUCCAGAGCUGGCAGAUCCUGGAGCGUCCGUGGAGGGCUUUCACCAAGCUGUUGUGUGUCGUCAUCUUUCUCUUCUCCUUUGGCCUGCUGCCCUGGAUAGACAACUUCGCCCACAUCUCCGGAUUCAUCUCUGGACUCUUCCUCUCCUUCGCCUUUCUGCCAUACAUCAGUUUUGGCCGUUCGGACAUGUACCGUAAGCGUGUCCAGAUCUGUGUGUUCCUGUUGGUGUUCCUGGGUCUCUUCUCAGGGCUGGCUGUACUCUUCUACAUCCACCCGGUCAAGUGUGAGUGGUGUGAGUACCUCACCUGUAUUCCCCUCACUGACAAGUUCUGUGACAAGUACGACCUCAACGCCCACCUCCACUGACCCGGCCUUUGACUGUACAAUUGCAAUGACUAGAAUGGACAAUCUCAAAGAACUAUAGCCUCACGCGCCAGGAUAGCAGGACAAAAGGGUCGGCUGGUGAACAAGACUCUAAGCAACGUCAUGGCAUGGACCAGACCGGCGGCCAUAUUUGGUGUAGCAUUCAGGACAUUGGACGUGAAGAUUGCCAAUCUUGGAAAAAUAACUGUUGAUCUUAAAAACUGUUGAUCUGUCUCCAUUCGAUUUUGUUUAUAUGGACAUUGCUAGCGAGUGACCUGUCACUUUCAAAGCAUAAAGACUUAAAGAGAGAAAGGGGGGGGAGAAGGGGGUAAAAUGUGACUAUUGCCUUGCCGCUGCUCUUAUUAAAAACAGACACAACAGCACCACUUUGUGGCCGUCAGACCACAUACAGCUGUGUAGGGAUUUUGUUUUGUAUUUUUCUACCCACGUCAUAAAGCUGACUAAAAGUUUUAUUGGUUUAUUGGAUGACCUCAGACAGGGAACUAUCUCACAGGAAAGAAAAGGGAUUACUGUAGUACUGUAGGAUGACUGCCUCUGGUGCCUUGGUUAUUACUGCCAUAUCUAGGUCCAAGUCUCAAAUGGCACACUAUUCUCUAUACCAGAGGUUCCCAAACUUUUUCACUCAGGCCCCCUUCCAGCGUUGGAGAACAUCUCACAAUGGCACAAGCAUUGUUCAUGACACAAACUGUUCACACCCCUCUUGAUGACAGAGAGAAAAUGUUGCAGGUUUAAACCUUAUUUCCUGCAAUUCUAGACAUUUUGCCAAGCCUAAUGUGUUUUCAUGUGAUAUUUGAGUGACUCAAAAAUUACAACAAAAUCUAUGGGCUAAAAAACAUUAGCUGACAUGGGUUAGUUGAUCUGGACAUUUCUGACAAGUUAUAAAUAGCUCUCUAAGGUCUACAAUGACUGACAUGACAAGAGGAACUGAUGAUGCACUAUCCAAUAUCGAAAAUGCACCUUUUGCAUUCUACUAUUACAACUAUACAAGUGUUUUUUUGUGUGGGGGGUGCUGCCGACCCCUCACCCCCCCUUGGGGAACCACUGCUCUAUACAGUGAACUAUAUAGGGAAUAGUGUGUCAUGUCUGCCCUAUAUUACACUAGACAAAACACUUGUAGGUUAACAUGUAUACUGCUGUCUAAGUGGUGGUGAGUGUUUGGAGGGUAGCGUUUUAGCUACCUGCUUAUCUGUACCUGCCAAUACAGCAACACAAACUGA